AUGUUUUUCAUCGAAAAGGAAUAUAAUAGAAACGUCAUAUUUAACGAAGAAUUUUUUUUUCAGGUUGGUGCUGUGCCAACCCCGUCCCAGCUCGUCUACCCUGAAGAAAGACGAAAUGGAGACAGCCGAAUCGUCUCCGGUUGGGAGGCAAACGAUGGUGAUAUCCCUUACCAGCUCUCUCUUCGUAUGGUAACAAACAUUGGUUCAGUGGUCUCCUGCGGAGCUACCAUCAUUCACAACGAAUGGGGUUUGACCGCUGCUCACUGCACUGCCAACCGAAUCACCAUUCUCAUUCGCGCUGGCGGUGUAUCGCUUUUACGCCCCACGCUUUUCUUCGAGACUACGGAGUACUACAACCAUCCUCUUUACAUCGAAUCUUCGCCAUUUGUUCAGCCCCAUGAUAUUGGCGUUAUUAAGUUCAACAGAAUCGUCGAGUACACUCCUUACAUCCAACCAAUCAGGCUGCAAUCGUCUGUCGAUAGGAACAGGAACUACGAUGGUGUGAGGCUCAUGGCCAGUGGAUGGGGCAGAACGUGGACUAACGGUGCCUCUCCCACUAUUCUUAACUGGGUAUAUCUUAGUGGAGUCUCCAACCAGUUCUGCUGGCAAUCAUUUGGGGGUAGCAACAUCAUUGUUGACUCCACCAUUUGUGCAAGCGGUUACAAUGUCACUAGUCAGUCUACUUGUCAGGGUGACAGUGGCGGUCCUCUUGUAGUUGAAGAUGUUGACGGUGUCCCCUCCCAAGUCGGUAUCUCAUCCUUCGUCUCCGCCACUGGCUGCCAUACUAACUUCCCAGCAGGUUUCAUCCGUCCCGGUCACUAUCACGAUUGGAUCACUGAAGUCACUGGUAUCAAUUUGGACUGGGAUCCCAAUGCAAGUCCCAGCACUACUAUUGCUCCUGAAGUACCCACAACUGUUACUAUUUCAAUACCCACAACUACUUCUGAAGUACCUACAACUACUUCUGAAGUACCCACAACUGCUUCUCCUGAAAGUGAGGAAGGUGGGGAAGGGGAAGGUGAAGGGGAAGGUGAAGGGGAAGGUGAAGGGGAAGGUGAAGGGGAAGGGGAAGGUGAAGGGGAAAGUGAAGGAGAAAGCGACGGUGAAAGCGAAGGAGAAAGUGAAGGAGAAGGUGAAGAAGAUGAGACGGAUGUAGUGAAAAUAAAAGAAUUGGCCCCUGUAUAUUAUUAUUAG